UGGAGUUGUGCUUCCUAAUGGAAUGAAAAGGAAACUUUACAAAUGGGUUUGGACAAUGAGAGGAAGAUCUUGGAAUGUUGCUGAUGUCGGACUUAUUGAAGGAUUAUAGAUAACAUCAUAGCACACCAGUAACUCACUUUGGGGAGUUUUGUCUAAAGCUAAUUUUGCACUACUGUUUUACAUUUGAAAAAACUGACUUAAAUUCUUCUACUUAUUCUCAUGUGGCUUAAGCAUUACCAACUGCAAGCAUGAAGUGGCUCUGCAAACUUGAUGAGUCAGAAAAGUUCUGGGAUGUGAAUCAGACGUGGAACACAAAUAAUCCUGACUUCUCCUGGUGCUUUCAUAAAACUGUUUUGUACUGGAUACCCUGUUUCUAUCUAUUUAUCUCUUCUCCAUUCUACAUUAUCUACCUCCAACGCCAUGGCCGAGGUUACAUAAGGAUGUCAUUGCUUUCUAAAGCAAAGACUUGUCUUGCUGCAUUGCUGGUGUUAAUCUGUUAUACAGACCUUUUCUACACUGUCUGGAAUUUGACACAUAAUAUCCCGGAACCACCAGUGCUCCUUAUCAGUCCACUAAUCGUUGGAGCCACAAUGCUUCUCGCUGCCUGUCUUAUUCAGUUUGAAAGAAUGAAAGGUGUGCGGUCAUCGGCUCUCCUGUUAGUGUUCUGGAUCUUGGCUCUAAUAUGUUCAGUCUUCCAGCUUCGAACUAAGAUCACAACUGCCCUUUCACAGACAAUGGAGAUUGACAGGAUGCGCUACACGCUUUUCAUGUUGUAUUUGGUGCUGGUGCUGUUUCAAUGCAUUCUGUCAUUUUUCAGUGAUCAGCCUCCAUUUUUCUCCACCAUGAAGAAUGAGUUGAAUCCAUGCCCGGUGUCUGAUGCUUCUUUUAUUUCCCAAAUUACAUUCAGCUGGUUUACAGAAAUAAUGUUCAGAGGUUACAAACAACCAUUAAAAGUUGAAGAUAUUUGGUCUCUGAGGAAAUCAGACACAGCUGAACAAAUUUUACAGAGGUUCUCAAAAGAGAUACAGAAGGAAUGGUAUAAAACCAAGCCGCUGGAGGUACGCACUACAUUCCCUAAGCCAAAUGUGAAUAAAGACACUAAGAUCUUUAACGAAGAUGAAACUGAAGUGCUGCUGAAAAGUCCAAGCAUGCAGAUGAACAAUCACUCACUUGUAAAGAUUAUCUUCAAAGUUUUUGGUCCCUACUACCUGCUGAGUGUCCUGCUAAUGGUUCUGUACACUGCAUUUCUCUUCAUCAGUCCUGAGCUAAUGAGGUUGCUUCUGGAUCGGUUGAAGAAUUCCUUGACACCAUAUUGGCAAAGCUUUCUGAUUGCUGUCCUCCUUCUAAUCUGUCCUUGUGGUCAAUCCCUAUGCCUUCACCAACAUGACUACAUUUGCUAUGUCACUGGGAUGAGACUUAGAGCAGCAAUAGUGGGUAGUGUCUAUAAUAAGGCGUUAGUAAUUUCCAGCUCUGGAAGGAAAAAAUCUUCCACUGGGGAGAUUGUGAAUCUGAUCUCUACGGAUAUACAAAAACUAAUGGACUUGGCAACAUGUUUCAACUAUAUUUGGUCUGCACCUUUUACAAUCAUUGUGGCAAUGUAUUUCCUAUGGCAGACACUGGGAGUUGCAGUGUUUGCUGGAGUUGGAGUAUUUUUUUUGAACCUUCCAUUCAUGACAUUGUUUGGAGUGGUGAUCAAAAAGUUGCAGGAAGAACAAAUGAAACAGAAGGACAGUCGUAUAAAACUGAUCUCUGAGAUUCUUCAAGGUAUAAAGGUGCUGAAGCUAUAUGCUUGGGAGAAUGCUUUCAUGAAGAAAGUUGAAAGCUUCAGGUUGCUGGAACUGAAAGCAGUGAAGAAGUAUGCGCUAAUGUUGUCUGGAGCACUGGCAUUAUUUGUGGCCUCACCCUUCUGGGUUUCUCUGACAAUGUUUGGUGUUUUCCUUGCUGUUGAUGAUAAGAAUGUCCUGGAUGCCCAGAAGGCCUUUGUCACUAUAAUAUUGCUGAAUAUUCUCAGGAUUCCUCUACGUAUGUUCCCGAUGGCUGUCACGCUUAUUUUCCAGUCAUCUGUUUCCCUUAAACGUUUGGCCAAAUUUUUCUCUGAAGAUGAACUAGACCCUGGAAAUGUGGAGACUUUAGACUCUUCUAGCAGAAAUGACAUUGUGGUACAAGAUGGCGCAUUUACAUGGUCUGCAACAGAUGAGCCAUGUCUUCGAGACAUUAAUUUAUCUGUCCAGAAAGGUUCGUUAGUUGCUGUUGUUGGUCAGGUUGGCUGUGGAAAGACAUCACUUCUCUCUGCAUUACUUGGAGAAAUGGAAAAAGUGGAUGGUACCAUUGCCCUAAAGGGCUCUAUAGCAUAUGUACCUCAGCAGACUUGGAUUCCAAAUGCAACAUUUAAAGACAAUGUUCUCUUUGGAAGGCACUUUGACCAAGAUUGGUAUGAUAGAGUCAUUCAGGCUUGUGCAUUGUUACCUGACCUAAAAAUUCUUUCAGGUGGUGAGAACACCGAAAUAGGGGAAAAAGGCAUAAACUUGUCAGGUGGACAAAAGCAGCGAAUAAGUAUUGCGCGGGCUGUGUACAGGAAUUGUGAUGUUUACUUGUUAGAUGAUCCUCUCUCUGCAGUGGAUGCACAUGUUGGGCAGCAUUUGUUUGAAUGGGUCAUUGGACCUAAUGGCUUACUCAAAGGAAAGACCCGUGUUUUGGUAACUCAUGGCAUCAGCUUCCUGCCACAAGUGGACAUGAUUGUUGUGUUGUCUGAUGGAAGAAUUUCUGAAGUUGGCACAUACAAUGAGCUUCUUCAGAAGAAUGGAGCUUUCUCAGAAUUCCUGCAAACAUAUGCAAUUACUUCUGAAGAGAGUGAUAAGUCUCCAGAAAAAUUGCUAGGGCCCAUGGGGGGAAGGGUGUCCAAUGGGCUUCUGAACGGGGGUGGUCUGGGGGGGGUCAGAGGCGUUCCCGUUUGGACUCUGGGCCGCAUCCCCAGUAAUAGGCGGCGGGAGAGGGGAGAGCUGGGCGGGCAGUGUGAGAACCAGAGGAGAGUUGGAGAUGGAAAAGGCCGAAGGAAGAGAGCAGGCCAAGAGGGAAGGACUGGAGACACCCUAAAAAUAGACUCUGUUACUUCCAUAAGGAAGACAGAAGACGUGGAGAUGGACAUAGAUACUGAGGGAGAUGCAGAUGCCGGAAAGCUCACAGAGGCAGACGUCGCACUCACGGGCAGGGUCAAGUUUACAGUGUAUCUAGAGUACUGCAGAAUUAUGGGCAAGUGGUAUUUGGUAACAAGUGCAGUCUUCUUCAUCAUACAACAGCUAUCAGCCCUUGGUCAUAAUUACUGGAUUGGACUGUGGGCUGAUGAUCCGCCUGUGAAUGGCACCCAGCAGAAUACUGUAAUGAGACUAGGAGUGUACAGCUUUCUAGGCACAAUGCAAGCUCUAUGUAUUUAUAUAGCAUCUGCCACUAUAAUUGUUGGAGGAGUGUCAGUGUCCCGUCAGCUCCACUGCAAACUUUUGUACAGCAUCAUGAGGUGCCCCCUAGGCUUUUUUGAAAGAACACCGAGUGGAAACCUAACCAACCGAUUUGCAAAGGAAAUGGACACUAUAGAUAAUAUCAUCCCCCACAUGUUAAUGAUGCUUAUAAUUAUGGCACUAACCAUAUUGGAGAUACUACUGGUCAUUGCAAUAGCCAUACCUCUGGCUGCUGUGGUCUUUAUACCUCUGGGGUUACUCUACUUUUUCUUACAGAGAUUUUAUGUUGCCAGCUCUCGGCAGCUGAAACGUCUGGAUUCAGUGAGUAAAUCUCCUUUGUACACUCAUUUCAAUGAAACACUGCAAGGUGUAAAUGUCAUACGAGCAUUCAGAGAACAGGACCGUUUUAUUCAAGAGAACAAUCUACGUCUUAAUACCAACCAACGGUUCUAUUUCUCCAGUUUUGUUGCAAACAGGUGGCUGAGUGUACGCUGUGACCUCCUUAGUAAUUUUAUAGUGUUUACAGUGGCCCUUGUAGGAGUUUUGUUCAGGGAGAGCAUUUCCCCAGGACUGGUUGGUCUUGCAGUUGUGAAUUCUCUGCGGUUGACAGGUGUUCUAAAAGAAGCAGUGCAUACUGCCACUGACAUGGAAACUAACUCUGUUGCAGUAGAGCGGGUGAAGGAGUAUUGUGAUGUGGAGCCUGAGGCUCCAUGGACAUCAGAGCAUGCGUCAGAAUUAACAUACUGGCCACAUGCUGGGAAAAUUGAGUUCCAAAAUUAUGGUCUGAGGUACAGAAAAGACUUACAAAUGGCUUUACAAAAUGUCACUGCUUCCAUUCAGCCUGGAGAAAAGGUUGGCAUAGUUGGAAGAACUGGAGCUGGAAAGUCUUCUCUGACUUUGGGUUUAUUCCGAAUUCUUGAACCUGCUACUGGAACAAUCCAUAUAGAUGCAACGGACAUUUUAAAACUAGGUCUUCAUGAACUGAGAUCUAAAAUAACAAUCAUUCCUCAGGACCCAGUCUUAUUUUUUGGAUCAUUGAGAAUGAAUCUGGAUCCUUUUGAUAGUUACCCUGAUGAUGAUGUUUGGACAGCUUUGGAACUGGCCCACUUGAAAAGUUUUGUUUCAGACUUACCUGAUGGGCUAGAUCACAUUUGUACUGAAGGAGGAGAAAAUCUAAGUCUUGGCCAGCGUCAGUUGGUUUGCCUGGCACGAGCCCUUCUUCGAAAAACCAAAAUCCUGGUUCUUGAUGAAGCCACAGCAGCUGUGGACCUGGAGACCGAUGACCUUAUCCAGUCAACUAUUAGAAAAGAAUUUGAAGAUUGUACAGUGAUCACCAUCGCUCAUCGACUUAAUACCGUAAUGGAUUACACACGGAUAAUUGUUUUUGACAAAGGUGAAAUUGUCGAAUUUGACACACCUACAAAACUACUGCAAAAUAAGGGAGUAUUCUAUUCCAUGGCAAAAGAUGCAAAUGUUAUUUAACUGCUUCAGAAACUGAAUUGAGAGUUACUGACCAGUAGGACUCAGGGAGUAUGCAAAGAACUGCA